CGCGCGCAGUUGCGAUGCGUUUAGCGUCGAGGUGCGCACACUCCGGAAAUGUGCUCCAGAAACGGUGCGGCAUUCACGACGUCGUGUGUAACAGCACGCGUGAUAUAUACGUUUAAUUUACGCACGGCGAGACAGUGCCAUAGAAACGGAUAAAGUCUGAGCUCCGAUGCGACGAUGUCCACGCCUUCGUGGAGAUGACCGGGCCCGUUCACCGGCUUGUCGCGUCCAGUGUCGAAAGAUGUGACUGCUCGGACGAUCAGGCGUCAUCGAGGCGACGCUGGCAUCCUUCCUUCCUUUCUUCCUACGACAGUCGGAGCUAGUCGGAACUCGGAGCGCGCGAAGAGGCGACCGGUGAAAUUAAAAGCGCGUGAGCGCCGGAGCUGGCGCGAGCCACGAGCGACGAUGGCGGUCACGGCGAGCUCCUUCGACGCCUGGCUCAGCAAGAAGCUGCAGGCGCUCAACACGGACGAGGGUGUCUUUGGCACGUACAUCAAAGGCAUCCUCGAAGGUGAUGAAACCGAGGACGAGAAGACCGAGGCGCUCGAGAGCAUACUCGCGGGCAUAACGGAGGAUAAUAUCAGCAAACAUGUAGCAGAAAUCUUAAGCGCGUGGGCAGAGUGGUUGCCAACUGAGGAAGUUGCCACAGCACUUGCACCGACGGAAGACGUUGAUGUCAGACUGGCAAAAAUGCUGGAGUCGCAGAGUCUACCCACAACGACCCAGAGGAGCUAUACAGAGGAAGAGAGACGAAUACGGGAGGCUAUACUAGCACAAUACAGUCAAAUGUCUGAUGAAGACAAUAGCGAAGGAGAUGGAGAAGAGGAUGGAGCAAGUGGUGGGGACUGUGGAAUUGAAAAGAAUUUGAAUGCAGCUACCAUCAUACAGCAGGAAAGAGAAAAAAGAGAAAAAGCCAAGCUGGAGAGUCAGAAGAAGAAGGAAAAGGACAAAGAAGACAGAGAGAAGCAAAAGCAAUUAAAAGAAGAGAAAAAGGAGAAGAGAAAAACUCAAAAAGGAGAAAGGCGAAGGUAGCAUCAAAACAAAAGCGUUGGGAGACUUACUUUGAGAUUACAUAUAUGCUGUGGUAUUCAUGUAUGUCUAUCUAUAUUGUCGUGCAUGCAACGAUCUCCGACAGUUAUUUAAACCAGUGUCAUCUUAUAUUUUCAUUAGAAGAAUAUGUGUGUAGCAUCCAUCUGUCGUUAGAAGACGAAUUCAGAUUCAGUACGAAUGCAUAUAUCAAAAAGCAGUACAUGUAAUGUUAAAUCAUCCUGUGCCUUCUGUCUGUCUAAAACAUUAUCCUUUUUUUUCUUUAAAAAAAAAAAGGUUCGUUACUUAUUCAAUCUUUUUUGUUCUUUACUCACGUUUAGCGUUUUAACUUUGUAGUCUGUGUUGUAUUCAGAACUCUCAUCAUUCUCUCACUAAUUAAAAUUAGCAGCGAAAUAUUCGUCGUUUAUCAAUAAAUAAUGGUUCUGAAUAUCGACACAUCUUUUACUCAUCGAUAUGCUCUCAUAUUGCGUUUUAUCUUAUACAUAUGGUGUAUUUAAUACGAGUAUGUUAAAAAUAAACUAUUUAAAUCGCAGACAUUUGGUAUUUAAUACCAUCGAAUAUGGAGGAGAAAAGGAAUUCAUGUAAGGAGGAUACGCGCGCGCGCGCGUCAAGAAUACGUACUUUCUCGUUGCAUUUGUAUACAUAUUUUUUUAUUAGUUAUAUAUUUACACACAAGAUACCGAGUCGAGACCGAGUGAUCUUGGUAUUGCAUUAUUAAUGAAAGACAAACGCAGUAAGAUAAAAACAAACGAACAAAUG